AUGACGACUCGCCCAAACAAUAACACGAACGAUACGGUGGCUCUCCAGUGGAACUGCCGAGGUAUAAAAGACAAGCAGGGAGCACUCCAGCAAUACGUCUCCUCCCUAGACCCUCAGCCAGAAAUAGUUGCCUUACACGAAACAAAUAGAAGCCCUCAUCUUCCAGGACACGCCGCCUAUGCUGACCCAACCGAAAAAUCCACAGCCAUUCUUAUAAAAGGUUGCAUUGCGGCAAUGCAACAUCUCACGACUCAGAAGGACUGCGAGCACACGCUCGUAGAAAUUAUCUCGAAGUCAACGAAGAAAAAAUCUAAUCUGUUCAUACUCAAUAUGUAUUGCCGGCCAUCGCGCAAGCAACCAGGAAUACGAGAAGUUAUUCGGGAAGCCCUAUUCAUAGCAAAGGACUCACCCCUUCUAAUCGUGGGGGACUUUAACGCCCCACACCGACUAUGGGGAUACACUCACAACUCCAAAAAAGGAAAAGCAAUAGUCGAAUCCAUCGAACAGGAACACCUAACCCUGCUCAAUGACCCCCAAACGCCUACCCGAACGGGCACCAGCGUAUCCAGAGACACGAGCCCCGACCUUACUUUAUUGGCAGGAACUCUGGACAUUACCUGGACUAAUACACAGGAUAGCCUAGGAUCGGACCAUGACAUAAUCCAUAUUUUAAUUAAGGACAAAAGCUACAAGGCCCACAUCGGUUCAGCCCGCAUAACCAACUGGGAUAAUUUCCGCAAGGACAGAAACUCGCAAAACCUCGAUCAAAAUCUCUCCUACGAAGAACUGAUCCAAGAGGCCUUAAAAGAUUCCGAAACGCACACUCAGACUAUUGCCACCUCAUACAGAACAUUGUAUGUAGAUCCUAAUCUACUUCAUCUUUGGGAAGCACGACACAGCCUCACAAGAAGAUGGAAACGGCAAAGACACAAGAGAAAGCUCAAGAAGCGCAUAGCUCUCAUAAACAAACAGGCUGCUGAAUACGCAGCUGUGCUAUGCAAGGAGAAAUGGCUACAAGAAUGCGACGGCCUACAAGACACCCUGACCACAAAGAAAACAUGGCAUCUGCUUCGGCACUUAAUCGACCCCCUGAAUAGUAGAGGAGAGUCUAACAGAAACAUAAUGCGCACACUCAAUGCCUACGCGGGUAGCAGCGAAGAACUCCUGAAGGACCUUGCAAAGAAGUACCUCCCGACGGGGGGAGUCUAUUCCUCCCCUUCGUAUGACGGAUCGCCCAAUCAAGAACUAGACAAAGAUAUCCAACUGUACGAGCUACGAGAGGAUAGCGGAUAG